AUGUAUGGUAGUUUUAUUGGAUUUGACUACGAACGUGGUGUCAUUCCCUACUCGGUAAACAGUUUACUCGACAAUCCUUCGUUCGACUUUUCCGUAGACUCUUACUAUCUGGUGCAAGACAAAGGAUGCUCUAAUAUAGUUGGUUCCUGCAACGGAUUGAUCUGUUUGGUUGGUGAAUAUAACACAUAUGAGUAUUAUGAGUACUUGUUCCGAUUAUGGAAUCCAGCCACCGGGACAACAUCUCCUAAAUUUGGGUUCUUAGGCUCAUUGCACGAUCCUCCCGCCGGCCCUGUCUCUCGUUAUGACUGUUGUUACAAAUUCACCUUUGGUUGUGAUAAUUCUACAUCCACUUAUAAGUUAGUGGCUUCAAGUUACGAUGCACAUGCUCAUAGAAGCUAUGUCAGAAUUCUAAGUUUCGGUGAUAAUGUUUGGAGAAAUAUUCAAAGUUUCCCUGUUGAUCCUUUGUAUUCUGACUUAUCUUAUCAAUAUUAUGGAGAUGUUAGUGUGUAUUUCAAAAGUACUAUUAACUGGUUGGCUAUUCAAAAUCAUUUAUGCUAUGAUUCUACCAAUAUUGAGGAUAUUAGUAUCGAACAAUUCGUUAUUGUUUCCCUUGAUUUGAGGACUGAGACAUACAAUCAGUACUUAUUGCCUCCUGAAUUUGAUCAAGUUCCAACUGUAGCUCCAAUUAUUAGUGUGCUGGGAGACUGUCUUUCUUUUUCUUAUUGUUAUAAUGAAACCCAUCUUAUUAUAUGGCAGAUGAAGAAAUUUGGGGUUCAAAAUUCUUGGACUAAAUUUCUUAAAAUUAGUUAUUGCAAUUUUCAAAUUCAUUAUGACUAUAGUAAUGAAGAUAUAGAGGGUAAUGAAGAUAUAGAGUAUAAUUUUGAAUUGAGGCCGCUGUUUCUUUCUAAGGAUGGUGAUACACUGGUACUUAACAAUAUCAUUCAAGAAUGCCAAACAAUUCUCUAUAAUUGGAGGAAUGAUAUAGUAGAACGGACAAAAAUUACUGCAACUACAAUAAUUACUUGUGAUAGCACUGUCCAUAAUGCCUCUUGCACAGCCUAUGAUUAUAUUGAAAGCUUAGUUUCAGUUUCUGGAAAGUAA